GACAUUUGACAGGAUAUUGUGCGCAGGUACUCAUCUCAUCCGUGACAACAGAACGCAGCCGAGAGAAAGCAAAAGCAGCAGAAAAAUGGCUUCUAACGCAGCUGCACCGUUUUGGAGGUCGGCAGGGAUGACUUACAUAACAUACUCAAACCUAUGCGCCAACCUGGUCAGAAACUGCCUUAAGGAGCCUUACAAGUCCGAAGCUUUGAGCCGUGAGAAGGUCCAUUUCACCAUCUCCAAAUGGGCUGAUGGCAAGCCUCAGAAACCCACCAUCCGCUCGGAUUCUCCUGAAGAAUGAGAACAAGGUUGGAUCUCAGGCUUUAUUUCUUCUUUCAACUGAAUUUUGUACUGUGCUGGAAUUUUGUAUGGUGCACGUCUGGUGGAACUUGCUUAAAACAUUGAUAUGCUAAUAAUAUAACCGAUAGACCUUGAUUUAUACUUGGAUGGAAUUGUGAUAAUGUUUAUUUUUAGACCUGCUUCUGUUGUCAAGUGACUUAUUUCCAGUUUUCAAAGGAAA